UGACAGCAUCGGACGGUGACGGCGGGCGACGGGAUGGCCUCAGUCCUGCUUGGGUUUAGAGGAAGUACACGUGAUCAGCUUAUUCAGCCUCGAGCCGAUGCCGUGGCUUUGCCACGUGUCAUCUGUAUUAGUGUCCAGUAUUGUCUGAGUGUGUUAACGCCUAGGUGGACUGGCAACCGAAAGACUCCCGCGCAAUCUCGCGAUCUUAUCGCCGCUGGGGUUGGCGAGGAAUCGCCACGUCACAUCGGCAGCAUGUUCUGCGCAAUAUCUGGCGUAACUCCAGAGGAACCGGUGGUCUCACCGAAGUCCGGGCUUCUGUUCGAGAGAAGAUUGAUCGAGAAGUACAUCGCGGAACAUGGCACGUGCCCGGUUACCAAUGAACCUCUUACAAAGGAGGAGCUUGUUUCCAUCAAAACGAACCAGGCUGUCAAGCCGAGGCCGCUGGAGGCUGCAAGUAUACCGGGCAUGCUGCGGAUUUUCCAGAAUGAAUGGGAUGCGUUGAUGCUGGGUGAGUCUGCUCUGCUGCAGCAGCUGCACACUGUUCGCAUGGAGCUGAGUCAUGCCCUGUAUCAGCAUGAUGCAGCGUGCCGUGUAAUUGCCAGGGUGAAGAAGGAGAGGGAUGAAGCCCGAAAUCUACUUGCUCAGUUGGAUAGGAGGGCUGUUGCAAGUGCAAUGGCCCAGGAAGUUAUGACGAAUGGGAAAAGAGCCCCAGAAGAUAUUCCAGAUGAAGUUCCAGUGCCGGCAAAGAAGGUCAAGGCAGGCAUUACCUCAGAUGUUAUCCAGGAGCUUACAGAUUGCAACACUCGGCUAUCGCAAAUCCGUAAGAAGAGGCAGGUGGCAUCGACACUUGCAACGGUUGAAGCCAUCGAGUAUUACACGCAAGUGGCCAGCCAUCCCCUGCAUAAGACGAGCAAGCCUGGUAUUCUGAGCUGCGACAUCUACGCACAGAAGGACUUGAUAGUGACAGGAGGUGUCGACUCAAAUGCUGUUGUCUUCGAUCACGCCGCCGGUAGGAUCAGGGCAACUCUUGCGGGACAUUCAAAGAGGGUUACAAGUGUCAAAUUUGCGGGGAAGGAAGACAUUGUGUUAACGGGAUCAGCGGACAAGACAGUGAGGCUUUGGAAGCUGAAGGAGGACUCUGGCUUUGAGUUGCGGCAUGUUCUAUCAGAGCACACGGGUGAGAUCAGGGCGGUCACUGUGCAUGCAACAAACAACUAUUUUGUGUCAGCCUCAGCAGACAAGACAUGGUGCUUUUACGACAUAUCAACAGGGACCUGUCUCACGCAGGUUGGUAAUCCAGAUGUGAAGGAAGGUUAUACUUCAGCUGCCUUCCAUCCUGAUGGUUUGAUUCUGGGAGCAGGCACAGGAGAAGCGCUUGUCCGAAUUUGGGACGUAAAAUCGCAGACAAAUGUGGCCACCUUCCAAGGUCAUACGGGGGCUGUGUCUUCAGUCUCGUUCUCCGAGAAUGGGUACUUCCUAGCGACAGCUGCUCAGGAUGGAGUGAAGUUAUGGGAUCUUCGGAAAUUGAAGAACUUCCGCUCACUUUCUCCUUACGAUGGGACGAUUGCUACUAACACAGUCGAGUUCGAUUUCAGUGGAAGCUACCUUGCUAUGGCGGGAUCGGACAUCAGGAUUCAUCAAGUUCAGAGUGUGAAGCAUGAAUGGCCUAUCAUAAAGACAUUCAACGACUUCUCAGGAACAGGGACAAUCACAUCUGUUCGCUUCGGGCCUGAUGCCAAGUAUAUGGCAAUCACAACGAUGGACAAGAAUCUGCGAAUCGUUGGACCGCCACAGGUGGAAGGAUAGCUGGCUUAUUGCCACUGUUCAUUAUGGUGGAGUGGGAUGUUGGCUCCCUUGGCAGGCGGAGCCAGGUGCAAGACCUCAAUUUUUCUUCAGGAAGAGUUUUCUUUUUCCUUGCUUCCCCGCGCCCUCCCCCCCCCUACCCUACCCUACCAUUGUACAGUGCAACACUUUCUUCUUUUCUUGUGAUUCAAUCACGGCAGAAAGUGGUAGUAGUUAAGGUAUGUUGAGAACACUUCUUUUGUCCCGAUCGAACUGUGUUGAAUUCACCUCCUGGCAGAUGGGGAAGCUAUUGCUACCCUGCACUCCAUUCCUAACCAGAUAUAUGGAGAGGAGGUUUUCUGAGUCUUAACCAUUGCUAUGGUUUCCUACCAAUGUACCCCUUUGAAGAAGCUAACUCCCUACAUUGCUUCUUGAUCAGUUGGCUGCGAUUUUCUCUGUGUAUGUCUUAUGGAAUGUGGUCUGUCUGUCUGUCUGUCUUUCCCUCCACCUCUGUUUCGGUCUCACCUCUGUCUCUCCCCCCUCCCACUACUCUCUCUCUCUCUCUCUCUCUCUCUCUCUCUCUCUCUCUCACUCCUGCACCCCUCAUGUGUCGCAUGGUUGCACUAGCUCUCUCUCUCUAUAUAUAUAUAUUUUCCCUGCCUGUUACUCAUGUUCACAAGGAGGUAGCACAUGCAAGUGCUUGUGUGUCUGCUGCCUUGCUUUUUUUUGUAUGUCUUCAUCUAUAACUUUGGCCCUUGGUUACCGUGUGCAUUUGUCAUGCCCUAUCGCGUGGAAGUGCUUAUGUUUCUGCCGUCGUCCCUUUUUUUGUCUGUGUCAUCUACAUUUUUUGCCUUCGCUUACCGUGUGCAUUUGUCUUGCUGUGUGCGAGUACAAUGAUCAUGAGUUUGGUGUCUGCCCUCAAUAUUUCAAUGUGCGGAAAUCAUGCCUCCGAGUUUUGUGCAUUUGAUGGAUUCCACAUCCAUCUCCACCAGAAGGCCAGAAACCCAAGUCAAUGAACCCAACGGACUGGC